AGAAACCUUAUCUGUAUGACUUUUAUAAAACUCUGACUGGAAAAAUUAAUUAAUUUUCACAUGGAAUAUAUAUACAUAUAUAGAUAAAUAAAUGAAUAAAUAAAUACAUAAAUACAUAAAGGGGAAGUUGCAUGGUUUGCGUUAGCUGAAUAAAGGAGAAGUUAUUUUCCAGUACAAUUACCUAUUCAGGUUAAAAGAAAGAGAGAGAGAAAGAAAUCGAUACAAUCUAUUUAUAUAGACGUCACAGUAGGGCACAAUAUAGUUAGGAAAGUUGAUAUAUGUAUGUAUAUACUUAGAAAACAUAAAAUAUUGAUUUUAUUCAAUGCUGGAAUAGCGAAUCGGUAAGCAACCUGUUCUGACAUAUUCAUUUUAUUCAUAUUCAUUAUUCAAUCGCGCACUGGGAACUCAAUUCACAUGAGCCAUAAUGUUUUAUAAUGUUGCUAAAGCGACAAAAGAUAGAGAAAAAGAAAAAUAUGCAGAUGAUCGUAAAGGGAGAAGACAUAAUCGACAACGGCUUAUUGAGAGCGAAGCAAAUAUGGAUCCAGGACUUUGGGGUAGAAAUUUACAUAACCGUUCAAGAAGCAAAAGCCCGCGUCCCCCAGAUAGCAGGGGUGCGUCUAGGUCACGUAGUAGGGCUCGUAAUGGCUCUUUUGUAGAUGAAGGUGAUGAAACUGGAAGAGAUGAUCAAGAACAUAUUGAAGAUUAUGAUAGUACUGAAGAAUAUGGCGAAGGCGAUUAUGGUGAGAGUGAUGAAGAUGACGAUUUUAUGAGCGUACCAAAAUGCAUGUUGGGACAACCUCUAAAAGAUGCUGACAGUGGACAAGAUAAUACGUUUGUGGUGGUUGCAAACAAACUUGGGAAACAAGUUGUGUUUCGAUUUUGUAAAGAAAAAUCUUUGUUUCUCUUUGGCACGCAGAAUGUACUACGAAGAAUUAACAUAUAUAUAUUUACUCAUCAAUACUUUGAAAUAGGUAUUCUGCUCACCAUUGUAACGAAUUGUGUGUUCAUGGCACUACAGAAUCCUCCAGAAAUAUCAGAAUACAUAUUUGCAGCUAUUUAUACUAUGGAGAUGAUCGUCAAAAUUUUAGCUAAAGGUUUUAUUCUCCAUAAGUAUUCUUAUCUCCGCAAUGCUUGGAAUUGGUUAGACUUUAUCGUCGUAAUAUUAGGGUAUGUUACCAUGCAUCCUGCAGUCAGUGAUUUGAGUGGUAUAAGAACGUUUAGGGUUUUGAGAGCAUUAAAAACUAUAUCCACUGUAAAAGGUUUGAAAGCCAUGGUGAACACGCUGUUAAAAUCGAUGAAGAUGAUGACGGAUGUUCUUAUACUAACUUUAUUUUUUAUAUCAAUCUUCGCUUUAAUCGGUUUGCAGCUUUUCCCUGGCAAACUGCGUUCAAGAUGCGUCAGGAAUCAUGCUAAUUAUUCAGUGUUUCACGAAAGUUACUACAGUAAGCCUGGAAACAUUCUCCUGCAUGAGGGACAGGAAGUGAUAUGUGGGAACGCGUCCACAGCUUGGAACUGUCCCAGUGGUUAUACGUGUACACCGGGUAUCGGUGAGAACCCCAACCAAGGAUACGUAAAUUAUGAUAACUUUUUGAGCGCUUUGCUCACAUCGCUACAAGUGUGUACUCUUGAUUAUUGGGAAAGUGUUUAUAACAGCGUACUGGCUGCCAUGGGAGAAAUCUACAUGAUCUAUUUUCUACUGGCCGUAUUUCUUGGUCCAUUUUAUCUACUUAAUCUUGUACUUGCCGUCGUUAGCGCUUCCUAUGAAAUGGAGGUUAAUGGCUGCCCAGAUGAAGAUUUCGAGCGCGAAAAGGCUGCCAACAUAAGGCGUUCAGCAUCAACAUAUUCUUUCGAUGGUGACAAUUGCGUGGAGUUUCUUCACGGCCCUUCACCAGUUGAAGAAAUAAACGACGGGGAAAAACGCUACACGGUCCAAGAGGAAUCGCCGAAGAAGAAGAAGAAACCAAAAACUCCAGACGAUGACAAAUUUAUGCCACCCGAACCUGGCGAGAAUCCGACAUGCAGGGCGAAAAUGCAAUAUUUUUUCUUCAGAAUUGUGUCCAGUUCUCCGUUUGAAGGUUUCAUAAUUGCUUGUAUCAUGUUAAACACCAUUCUCAUGGCAAUUGAACAUUAUGGCAUGUCAAAGACAUUAGAGAAAAUUUUGGAGAUCAUGAACUACGUAUUUACUGGCACAUUUAUCCUUGAAAUGUGUGUCAAACUGUUAGCAUUCACGCCGCGUGGUUAUGUGAGAAACAAAUGGAAUGUCUUUGACGGUUUCCUCGUAAUGGUGAGCAUAGUGGAUAUUUUGUUGUCAAGGACAGGUGCAGUUAAAGGGAAUCAGCUCAGUGUGUUGAAAGUAUUCAGAUUGAUGAGAGUGUUGAAACUUGCACAAUCCUGGAAAACAAUGGGUCAACUUUUGAGCACAAUUGCGAGUAGCAUGGGUGCACUUGGAAACGUCACAGUUAUUCUAGGUUUGAUCAUAUACAUCUUUUCUGUCGUUGGAAUGCAGUUGUUCGGGAAAUAUUAUAAACCGACGGACUACGCUCCAAUAAAAGCUGGUGCAAAGCUAUUUCCACGAUACAACUUUAGCAAUUUCGGAAACUCCUUCAUGAUGAUAUUUCGUAUUUUAUGUGGAAAAUGGAUCGAACCGCAAUGGGAUUUACUGGCAAAAACAAACAUCGGAUCAAUAUUUUUUAUAUUCUUUGUCUUUGUGAUUGGGAGAUGGGUGGUCCUUAAUUUAUUCCUUGCGUUGUUGUUGAGUUCAUUUGGUGGAGAUGCGCUAAAUGGUGGAAAUGAUGGAGAUUCUGAGAAACCUAAACAAAGCAGAUUGAAGAGAUUAAUGGAAUGGGUUAAGAAGAAAAAUAAAAAAAAGAACAAGGAUAAUACAAUAGUAGCAUCAAACGCUGCGGAUGAUGUACCGCCACCUGAAAUUAUGCACGUGGAAUAUAACGGCGAUACUUUAAUACUUGAUGGUAACGGUAAUAAAAGAAAAAUGUCAGAAGUUGAUCAAAAUGGAAGUGAUAUCAAAUCAAGCUACAGAACAGAACCUUCAAUACAAAAUGGAAUUACACCAAAUGGAGAUAUUUUAAAACGUCGUUCGUCCGUAGACACAGAAAUACCGAUCUCUGUCACUACAGAAGCUUUUGCGCCUGGAAAAACGCAAAUUGGCCGUAAUUCUUCGUCUUCCGUAGAAAUAGAAAUACAGCGUGAAAAGACAUAUGUUGAUGAUUGCUUGUGCACUAUUUGCUACAAAUGCAGUUGUUGUUACACGAGUUACCUAAAUUCACCUCUGCGUCGUUCUUGGCACAAUGCAAGAUUUUACACUAAACAACUUAUUGAACAUAAAUAUUUUGAAGGAAUCAUUUUAUUUCUUAUAGCGUUUAGCAGUUUAACUUUGGUUUUUGAAGACAUAGAUUUACCAAACCGUCCGAAUUUGGAAGCGUUUCUCUAUUACUGCAACUACUUCUUUGCAGUUGUAUUCACGUUAGAAUUUCUUAUCAAGCUCUUUGCACUUGGUUUUGUAAAAUAUUUCACAAAUUUCUGGAAUUUAUUGGAUGUCUUUAUAGUUGUCAUAUCACUCUCCUCCUUGUUUGGUCCAAAAAAUUUAAAAGCAUUGCGUUCACUAAGAGGCUUGAGACCGUUAAGAGCCAUAUCAAGAUUUGAAGGAAUGAAGGUUGUCGUGAAUGCAUUAUUGUAUUCAAUCCCAUCCAUCGCCAAUGUAUUGCUCGUUUGCGUGGUAUUCUGGUUAAUCUUCAGUAUCAUGGGAUACAAUUUAUUCGGUGGACAAUUCUGGUAUUGCAUUGAUGCUAACGGCAAUAAAUUGAAUUUAUCAGUGAUUGACACAAAAGCUGAUUGUCUCAAUGAAACAAACCAAGCACUAAAUUACACCUGGAUCAACAAGAACAUUAAUUUUGACACUUCCAUCAAUGGAUUUCUUGCGCUCUUCCAAACGGCCACGUUGGAAGGAUGGUUUGAAGCAAUGGCUGACGCACAAGAUAUCCGAGGGGUAGAAAAGCAACCUGGUUACCAGGAAGCGUUUGAAAGCCAGAUCUUUUUCGUCGUUUUUAUCAUACUCGGAGCAUUUUUUAUUUUGAAUUUAUUUAUUGGUGUUAUCAUUGAUAAUUUUAACCGUUUGAAACAACAAUACGAAGAUGGUGUUGGAAUUUUCCUGACACCUGGCCAACGCAACUGGAUAAAUACUCUCAAGGCUGCUUCGUUAAAAAAACCAUCAAGAAGAUUGACAAGACCAAAGGCAAAAUGGAGAGCAGCAUUAUUCGACUUUAUUCACACAAAAUACUUUGAAUUUUUCAUUAUGUCUGUUAUCCUCCUUAACAUGUUAACGAUGAUGAUCCAACAUGAUAGACAAUCUGACGAAGUGACAUUAGCAUUAGAAUAUUUAAAUUACUUGUUCACCGGUAUCUUCACCAUCGAAGCAGUGGUUCGACUGACCGCUAUGAGACUGGAAUAUUUUAAAUACGGCAUGAACGUGUUCGAUUUUGUAAUUGUUGUUUUUUCUAUAGCUGAUAUCAUCCUGACACAAAUGGAGAUUAAAAUCGGUUUAUCACCUGGUUUAUUUCGAGUUAUUCGAGUGUUUCGCUUGGGUCGUCUUCUUCGAUUUUUCGAAGCUGCAAAAGGAAUCCGUCAGCUUUUGUUUACUAUUUUGAAAUCUGCACCAGCAUUGAGCAAUGUGGGUACAUUACUUUUUUUGAUUUUAUUCAUCUAUUCGGUCAUGGGCAUGUCGAUAUUUGGAAGAUUGAAAAUGAAUGGAGCGAUAACACCUGUCGUAAACUUCCAAACCUUUGGAAGCAGUAUGUGCGUGUUGUUUCGAAUCGCAACAGCUGCAGGCUGGAACGCUGUGUUGGAUGGUGCUAUGGUUCAACCGCCUAAUUGCGAUCCAAACUUGCCUAUUGGGAAUGGAAUUACCCAAGGGGACUGUGGAAAUCAAAUAGUGGCAGUUCUUUUUUUCGUUUCGUAUAUCAUGUUAAUUGUUUUGAUUAUAAUAAACAUGUACAUAGCAGUGAUAUUGGAAAAUUUUAAUCAAGCACAAUCUCAAGACGAGGCUGGAAUUACAGAAGACGAUAUCGAGGCUUACUACGAUGUCUGGCAGUUAUACGAUCCGAAAGCUACGCAAUUCAUCCGAUAUCAGGAGACAUCGUCGUUCCUUAACGCGCUUGAACCACCGUUUCGCAUCCCGAACCCGAAUUACUGGUACCUGGAAGAGCAGAACAUACCGAUGAAAGACGGGUAUAAAAUUCAUUGUUUAGAUUUGUUGAUGACGCUGAUAAAACACAUCAUAGGUGACGAUAAAUGUGUGGAGAGUGAGCACACGAAUGAGAUUAUGAAGAAAGUGAACGCAAAGUACAAAGUAAAAUUUCCACAGCGGUUCAAAGAAAACACGAUAGCUACGACAGAUGAGCGCCUUAAAAUCGAAAAACAUGCCGCAGAAACGAUCCAACGCGUUUUCCGUUGGUAUUUAUUAAACGGUCAUAUUGAAUCGUUCAUAAAUUCCACCGCACAAAGUAACAACAUACAACUACAUCGAAAGUUUAAACAAAUCGAAGCGCUCUUCAAGGUUAUGUUAGAAUCAAAACGCAAACGUAUGGAAGAACAAAGGUUAAAAGAGGAAAUGGAAAAAGAAAAGGAACGUGAAAAGUUGCUCCCGCCACAAACUAACGACGACUCGUCUGGUGAAUACUACAUGGGAGAUGAAGAUGAUAUCGUGGAAACACCGUUCCUUUAAAUCGUUUACUUUUUGGGUGCCCUGGUGACUAUGAAAGUGGGUAAAUCGAUUUGAUACGUUAGAAUACGACAAGACACGAUAACAUGCAUUGCGUUAUAUUUCUUUAGCAUCGUGCAAAUCACUUAAAGCUUGGAAACAUAAGCUUACAUUCUGUUAUGGCAAUGCCAUAAAUAGAAAAGCCGUAAAAUCAUAAAAUGAGAUUUUGAACAGAAAGUUUACAUUUUUCAAUAUAACAGAGAGAGAGCACACAGAACUAUAAAACACAAAACGCCACAGUCACAAAAUUGAAAUAUAUCAACGAAAAAAAAAGGUAUAUAUAUAAUAUGUAAAAACAUUAAAAAAUAAGAAUCUAUUUUUAUAUUUAAUUUUGUAAAUUGCAGGCUUAAUCUUUGUUGUCAUGAUAAAAAAACUGUUUUUGUCAAACAUAAAUUAUCAGCUUCAUAUGAAUUCCGCCAAAGCUAGUGACACGUGGAUAUAGCUUUAUAAAUCGUGCGCCUAUAACAUGAGCUGUACCAGCUGAACUCGAUAAAAUGUUUUGUAAAAAUCUAACUUUUAGAAUGUCUACCUAGGUCGUAACACGUAUAUUGAAAAUGACCCUUCCUUCUUCCCCUUUCCCCUCCACCCUACCCCUUGUACAAGUAAAAUUUCAAUAAUUACUUUGUAACCACAUGGACAGAUGAGAGAAUGAAAAAAUGAUAUUAACCGA